AUGCGCCAACUACGCCGUCGUCUCCUCCUCCUCUCGGCCUUACUAUUCAUCCUCUGCCAGCAAGUAGAAGCUGAUGAGUCCUCUACAACGCCCAUCAUCAUAUCGACCGCUACCAUCGCUACAACUAACAUCUCCAGGGUAACACUAUCCAGCGGCACCACCGUCACCGUCGUCCCGAGCAUCUUCUCCCAGCCGUUCCCAAUACUGCACGACAGUACUACUGGGAGAGUCAAGAGCGGCGUGAUCGGCUUGGGGACGCAGACGAAGCCUGUGGGUGUUGUCAAGACCGGUUACGCCUCGGUGGGCACCAGGAUACUAGGCCACCUUCCCAAAGCCCACCACCGUGCGAUCCAGCGCCGCCACCCCGAGACCAGAAUUCUCUGCGUCGUUGCCGACCUGAAGUCUAACAUGAGCUCCUCGGGAUUCGAACCGGACACACUAAUGGCGCUCAUUUACCACACCAUCACCAACCACCAUCACCAACCACCAUCACCAACCACCAUCACCACCACCACCAUCGCCAUCACCACCACCAUUAACGCUUGCAACACAUAA